GGAGCAGCCGCAACUUAUCGCUUCCUCUCGCUAGCGGCGUUACGCGGGUGUGUCGGCCGUAAACUUUGUUCUUAUUUAUUCUGUCAUCGAUAUAGUCGAAUUUAUUGUGGUACCAAUGACGUGGAUGUAACGAUACAUGAUAUUACGUGUCCGUAUUAUUUUUAGUUUGGAAUUCUUGAAUGAUGGAAAACAAAACGAUUAAUCAAAAGGAGUACCUGAAGAAAUAUAUGUCUCUCGGCGGCAGCGACAAUAAAAAAAAGAAGAAAAAAAGGAAACAUAAAGUGGGCACGAAAACAGUAAAAAUUAUAGACGAUGAUAUUAUCGACUUGAAUAACAUGAGGCCCCUCGAAGAAGGUGAAUUUGAUAUCCUUCUACAGGGCGAGGAUGCUCCUCAAAUCGCUGGCAUAGUCGAUGAACGUGGACCGGUGGAUUUUUCGGACAAAAAAAGAUGGAAAAUCAUAACCGAGAACGAAGAAGGAGAUCUGACUAUCAGUAGUCGCACUAUCGACAUGGAAAAUCGGACCAAUAAGAUGAAUACUGAACCAGACGAGAACAACGAUGCCGAUCUGAGUCCAAUUAGAUCCAGACAUUCUAAAAAUAAACGCUUAGAUUUAAGUCCACAUGAACAAUCUAGAGACGACGACGACUCGAACUCGAGUCCACCUAGACGACCUAAAAAUUACGACUGGGACUUGAGCCCACCUAGACAAUCUAGAGAUAAUGACAGCGACUUGAGUCCGCCUAGGCAACCACCUAGGGACAACGACUCGGAUUUGAGUCCACCUAGAAGAAGCACGAAACACCGGACUGCGGCUCGCGCUACAUCCGGGCGAAACUAUCACGGCUCAGGUAAUAGAGACAGUGAUUCGGACCUUAGUCCACCUAGGGAGCGCAGGCAGAAUCUAGAUAGGGAUUUAUAUGAAAGCAGAAGGAAAAGGAAGAACAAUGAUUCGGAUUUGAGAGCAUCUCGGCGCAAGGAGCACCGAUCCCGGAGCGACAAUUCGCCGCAUUCCAGUUCGCGUAGGGCCGAGCGAGGGUACGAUUCCUCCGGCAAACACUCAUCCAGAUCCAAUAGACAAGACAUAUCCAGGUCGAGCAAGGGUAAACGUAAGAAAGAACACGACGACAUAGAUGAUCGCAGAUCUUCACACGCGGAUACAAGGAAAAAGAGGAAAAUCUCGCGUUGGGAUGAUGAAGCGAAUUCUGAACGUGACUGCGUGAAAUAUCCAAAGGAUCAUGACGGUCGAAUGACGAAGACGCUGGACGGGAAGACCGCGGGACUGCAAGACGCGAAAACGUCACGGGAAGAGGCCGAGGCUCAUAAGCGACGGGAGGUGGAAAAUUUGAGCAAGAUGAGUAAAUCGAUGAGCGGAGUCGGACAAGCACCGGUUGUUCGCAACAAAAGCGGAACAAAACGCAAUUUGGAGGCGGAAGCGGCGGAAGAACGGCAACGAGAAGUUCAGCAACGGGAGAUCAAUGAGAAGUACGCGAAAUGGGGCAAAGGUUUGAAACAGACGGAAGAUCACGAGGAAAAAUUGAAGAACGACUUGUACGAGAUGAACAAGCCUUUAGCGAGGUACGCGGACGAUGCGGAUCUGGAUAAACAAUUGAGAGAACAGGAGAGAGAAGGUGAUCCAAUGUUGGCGUAUAUAAAAGAGAAACGAAUGAAGGGAGGAAAGGGAAAACCAGAAUCGCCGAGGUAUCAAGGCUCGUUCGCGCCGAAUCGGUUCGGCAUCAAACCCGGUCAUCGAUGGGACGGCGUCGACAGGAGCAACGGGUACGAGAAAAAAUGGUUCGAGUCGCAAAAUUCGAAGGUCGCGCGGCAGGAAGAAGCCUAUAAGUGGAGCACGGCGGACAUGUGAACGCGUUUGUACGCGUGCGAAUAUAGGACUAUCUCGUUUGUAUUUAUCGUUAAUAAAGAAAGAGACAUUUUUAAUUUUAA